AUGAAUCAGUCAAUUUUUCUGUGUGUAUUAUGGUUAAAUCUGUGGUUAACUAGUGUAGCACAGUCCGAGUCUAAAACAUCAUCACAAUGUAAUGGAAAGAAUAACGAUGGUAUUUUAAUUAAAAAUUUCGAUGAUCAAGUUCCUCUUAAAUAUUUAAAUUGUACUGGAAAUGUAAAUACUAAAAUAAUAAAGAUCUCAUUUGAAAUAUCCACGACGAAAUCAGUCGAUCAAUUGUUAACAUUAUACACGGGACCGUGUUCGGGAAGUAACGCUUAUUUAUAUACUGGUCAAAUGAUUAGUUCAACAUAUGGAACGUUGAAUAAUGAAAAAGAAGCAUAUUUAUCAUCUGUUAAAUUAUCCAAAUCUGCACCUGUGACAGGAACAAUUAUGUAUGAAGAUGCCUAUGGUACAUCAAAAUUAACUCUAGCGUUGAUUAAUAUAAGUACAAGGAAGUAUGAUGAUAAAAGUGAUGAAAUGGUGACAGGAACAUAUGAACUGAAAUAUGUCAACAUUAGUUACGCAUAA